GAUGUCCCCAUCCCAUUCCUACCCCUUGAACCUUCUUUUGAUACUAGAAAUUGCGUGCAUUGGGCACAUCUCCAUGAUCAAAUUGAGAAUUGGCUUGUCUCCUUGGUUCAUACCAGCUCCUCGCAGUGGACAUGGGGUCGAGACAUGUUUUGGCUUGCAUUUGUCGCUUUGAACCCAUGUUUUCCGAGUGGUACGUGGCAUAUGUGGAAUCCAAGUAUAUCGUUGGAAGGCAAAUUCAUUGAGGAGUGGCUAAAAAAGUCGUCCAUG